CCCCUACCCCUUGUUUUUUAUAACACCUUUUUUUUUUUUUUUGCUUGUUAAACAUGGCUAAUGUAUUCUCUACAUUAGCACAAGGAAAAAAGCCUUUGACGGGUGUAUUAGUGUUAUCUUUAAUCUAUGCGGUUCAUAAAGCAAGACAACAAUUUAAAAACAACAUGCCUUUACCACAAACAGGCAUUAAGAAAAAGUACAAGAAAGUGGGUGUCAAUGCUGAAUUCUUUGAACAAAUGAAAAAGUUAUUACCCAUUUGUGUUCCAGGUGUUUUUUCAAAGGAAUCAGGACUCUUAGUUAUACUUGCAACUGUACUCAUUGCACGUACCUGGUUGGAUAUUUGGUUUUCUGGAUUCAACGGCUCCGUAGUCAAGGCCAUUGUUUCCAGAGAUAGAAAGCAAUUCAUCGCAAAAGCCAUUGUUGAAUUUGGAUUAAUGAUGUGGCCUAUGAGUAUUGUAAAUAAUUCAUUAAAGUUAACCAUCAAUGCUCUUGCCCUUUGUUUCCGUCAACGAUUAACCAAGCAUGCACACAAUCAAUAUUUGGAUGGAAUUACAUUUUAUAAAGUGUCUAAUUUGGAUAAUCGACUUCAAAAUGCGGAUCAAUUGUUAACACAAGAUAUUGACAAAUUUUCAGAUAAUUUGUCUCAUUUAUACUCGGAUAUUGCCAAGCCUGUAGUGGAUAUCUUUUUAUUUGCAUACAAAUUGGGAGAAGCCAUUGGUAACGAAGCACCAUUCUUUAUGAUUGCUUAUUUUGUCAUGUCAGGUGUCUUGCUUCGUGCAUUUUCUCCUCCCUUUGGCCGAUACACUGCAAUUGAACAAAAGCUUGAAGGUGAUUUCCGUUUCACACAUUCUCGUAUCAUCACGCACUCCGAGGAAAUUGCAUUUUAUCGUGGUGGAGAUCGUGAAAAGGAAGUUGUUAACAAUACAUUUGAAAAGAUUUCCAAUCAUGUCCGUAAAGUGUACACUUUACGUUUCUUGAAUGGUAUUUUUGAUUCUGUCCUUGUCAAGUACUGUGCAACCAUGACUGCAUACUAUCUAUUAGCAAGACCUGUGUUUGAUCCUCGUUACGCUACGAAACAUAUGGGAAUUGAUCAUGAUCCUACGAAAUUGAUGGAAGAUUAUUCUAGAAAUUCCAGUUAUUUAAUUAAUUUAUCGCAAGCGGUGGGUAGACUGAUUCUCACAGGUCGUGAUUUAACUCGAUUUGCUGGUUACACAUCUCGUGUGGCCGAUUUAUUUGAUGUGCUGAGUGAUGUGCGUAAUGGUAAAUACAAGCGCACAAUGAUGUCUACAGAAGAAUCAGGAGCAGGCAAAAAUAAGCUUGUGGAUACAAAUAACACUAAAGGCAAAGUUUUGAUUCGUGAUGGUGUGAUUGUCUUUGACAAGGUGCCUAUUGUCACACCCAACAGUGAUGUUUUGCUCAAGGAUCUCUCUUUUAAAGUCAGUACGGGAAUGAAUUGUUUAAUUUCAGGACCCAAUGGAUGUGGUAAAAGUUCCUUGUUCCGUAUUUUGGGUGAUUUAUGGCCAUUAUUUGGCGGAACAGUGACAAAACCUGCAGCAACCAAAUUAUUUUAUGUGCCUCAAAAGCCUUACCUUCCUUUGGGUACCUUUAGAGAUCAGGUGAUUUAUCCCGAUACGCGACAAGAAGCGGAAGCUAAGGGGUUGAAUGAUGAUGGCUUGAUGGCUUUAUUAGAUACAGUUCAUCUUGGGUAUCUCGUAGAGCGUGAAGGAGGUUGGGAUACAGUACAAGAUUGGGCCGAUGUAUUAUCGGGAGGAGAAAAACAACGUGUAGCGAUGGCUAGAUUAUUUUAUCACAAACCCCAAUUUGCUAUUCUGGAUGAAUGUACAAGCGCAGUGAGUGUAGAUAUUGAAGCCAUCAUGUAUGAGCAUGCUCGUAAAGUAGGCAUUACAUUGUUCACAGUGUCACACAGAACUUCAUUGAUUCGUCACCACGAAUAUCUUUUGCGUUUUGAUGGAGAAGGCCAUUAUGAAUUUAGAGAAAUGGAUCCUGAGGAUUUAACAUCCGCCUUUGGUUUUGGACACGGUAAAACCAAGCCUCAAAGCAAGAUGGAAGAAGAUAUUUAAUAUCACACAGCAUCCUCCUUCAUUUGACGUCAUUUUUUUUUUUUUUUUUUAAGAAAAAAGAAAGCUAUUUUUAUUGUAUCAAAAAAAAAAAAAAACUAUUGGCCAACUACAGACCUGUCG